AUGUCGUCAAGUAAUGAGCAGACCAUCGAAUGCCUCGGACCUGUCGUACUAAGUGACAUGCCGAUAGUCGUUCAGGUCGACACUGAGACCGCCAUCUCAGAACUCGUCGACACUCUGGACGGUUAUCGGCGAGACUACCCUGCUAUCUUUAUAGAUAUCCAAGGGGCGAGCAAUUCUGACCAUGGGACGAUCUCCAUCAUGCAGAUUUACGAUGCAGUUGAGCAUGUCGCCUACCUGAUGGAUGUCUCGACACUCGGAGAGAGAUGCUUUCUAACACCUGCCGAGCAUAAUUGUACUCUGAAAGACAUUUUGGAGAACUCGAACGUUAGGAAGGCCUUCUUUGACGUUCGGAAUGACUCGAAAGCACUCUACACGCACUAUGGCAUCGCCCUCGAAGGGAUUCAUGACGUACAGCUCAUGGAAGUCGCGACCCGAAGCCAUUGCAGAGAAUAUGUCAGCGGUCUGUCAACUUGCAUCAUGAGGAACGUGACGAUUUCCGCCGAAGACUUAUUCAACUGGAUCAAUAUCCCGAGGACGGGACUAGGACUAGGACAGUUUUCUGCCGACUUUGAUGGCUUGUUAGAAGACUUCAAACAACGUCCCCUUUCGAACGGCACCAGACGGUACUGCCCCCUGAAGUUCCAGCUUCUAGUUCAACUGCAUGAUUAUUACAGAAGCGAAUUGACGCCAGAGUGGAAGGAGAGAAUGGUUUCCGCUACCAAAGAUAGGGUGCGACAGUCACAAUCGGCGGGUGUUGAUGACCAGGAAAUAGAUACGGGUAGGGCUCCUGAUGGAUGGCACGAGAUUGAGGCUUGCCCGGGAGAGCCGGCAAGUUUUUAUUCAGGAAGAGCCAGUUAA